AGUGAAUUGCAGUGAAUACGCGGCUUACGAAGGCGAACGCAUGUGCAACAGCUACCUGUCUACGAAGCACCGAAUCCGAAGAGAUAAAAACCUCGGGGCUACUGAGAGCUACCGAUGGAUCUUUUUCUGUGUUUACACCUGUUUCUUAUUUUUGUUUCAACACUCGUGUGGGCCUAAAUCCUUAAACAGAAAGUUAACUUUAUUAGAUUCUAACCUAGCAAAAUAUCGACAUACUAAAAAUGCGUACUGUGACCAUAUGAUAGAAACAUUAAUCGAAACUACGAAACUUGGAUCAUCGUGGUUUAGUAAUUGUACAUACAAUAAGGAAACAACUGAGGAAAAACGUUUGAUCUAAAUUUUAGAAACAUACUUUGAUGGUCCAGAGAAUUGUAAUAAAAAUGCAAAUACAGUAAAUUUUACAUUUGAUUAAUAAUUUUUUUGUAAUACAAUAGAUUAGACAUAAGACAGUGAUGUCUGUCCCUUCUUCGUCAUCUAAUAAAAUAUCUAAUGGUAAACCAGGCGGUACAAGUCCUAGUCCUGUAGAAGGCAUUGAGGGUGUUCCAGGACCUAGUUCCUUGGAACCUAUGCAUUCUUUAUUACCGCAAGAUGAAGAAUCAGAAGAUUAUGGUGAGGAUGGUGAGGAAGAAGAAUAUGACAGUAGCGAAGAAGAAAGUGAAAUCAGUGACACUGGAAUGUUCUGUGAUGCAGAAUGUGAACCCGAUCUCGAAAGUAAUAAUUGUUCGCUAUCUACAACACAAUCGCAGUCUCUUACACAACAAGUACACAGUCCCAUUUUACACACUUGCGUACCCUUGGACGUUGUUCAACCACAAAGAAAACGUAAAAGUGAGACAGAAUCGAGUUUACCCUGUAAAAAGCUUAAUCCAGAAGAUAAUAAAUCGCAUUCAAUGAUCGUUAAAAAAUUGGAUGAGAAAGGCAAACAUAUGAGAUGCGUUAUUCCAACAAAAGAUAAUCCACCACCUGAAAUGAGUAAUUGGCUUCUUCAGUUUCAGAGGUGGUCAAACGCAGAAAGAAUGUUAGCUAUAGAUGAAUUAAUUGAACGAUGCGAACCAACGCAAGUACGGCACAUGAUGCAGGUGAUCGAGCCUCAGUUUCAAAGAGACUUCAUAUCAUUAUUACCGAAAGAAUUGGCCUUGUCGGUAUUAGCUUUCUUAGAGCCGAGGGAUCUUUUACGUGCUGCACAAACAUGUCGUAAUUGGCGAUUUCUCGCUGAUGAUAAUUUGUUGUGGAAAGAAAAAUGUAGAGCAGCUGGUAUAGAAGACUUGAAAGAUUUACCUCCAGUUAAACGUAAGAAUUGUAGAAAUUCUGGUAAUUCUUCUUCACCUUGGAAACAAGCAUACAUGAGGCAACAUAACAUAAAGAUGAAUUGGAGGACAAAGCCAAUCCGCACGCCAAAAGUUUUGAAAGGACACGAUGAUCAUGUGAUUACCUGCCUUCAGUUUUCCGGUAAUCGAAUAGUGAGUGGUUCUGACGAUAAUACUCUGAAAGUGUGGUCCGCCAUUACGGGUAAGUGCUUACGAACAUUAGUUGGACAUACUGGUGGGGUAUGGUCCUCACAAAUGUCCGGUACUACCGUAAUCAGUGGUAGUACAGAUCGUACUUUAAAAGUGUGGAAUGCUGAAACUGGUCAGUGCAUUCAUACAUUGUAUGGGCAUACCUCAACGGUGAGGUGUAUGCAUCUGCAUGGGAAUAAAGUAGUCAGUGGUAGUAGGGACGCUACAUUAAGGGUAUGGCAAGUGGAUACUGGCGAAUGUUUACAUGUGCUUGUGGGUCAUUUGGCAGCUGUUAGAUGUGUGCAAUACGAUGGAAAAUUAGUGGUCAGCGGCGCCUAUGAUUACAUGGUCAAAGUUUGGAAUCCGGAACGUGAGGAGUGCCUUCAUACGUUACAAGGACAUACAAAUCGUGUUUAUUCCCUCCAAUUCGAUGGUGUACAUGUUGUUAGCGGUUCUUUGGAUACAAGCAUUAGAGUAUGGGAAGUUGAAACUGGUGCAUGCAGGCAUACGUUAAUGGGACAUCAAUCGCUUACUUCGGGAAUGGAAUUACGUAAUAAUAUUCUAGUAUCCGGAAAUGCUGAUUCAACCGUUAAAGUAUGGGAUAUCGUUAGUGGUCACUGCCUUCAAACUCUUUCUGGUCCAAAUAAGCAUCAAUCUGCUGUUACUUGCCUUCAAUUCAACAGUCAUUUUGUAAUUACUUCGUCCGAUGAUGGUACCGUGAAACUUUGGGAUGUUAAAACUGGUGAUUUUAUAAGAAACUUGGUUGCUCUCGAAAGCGGCGGAAGUGGUGGUGUUGUGUGGAGGAUACGUGCAAGUGAUACAAAAUUGGUGUGUGCAGUGGGUAGCCGUAAUGGUACGGAGGAAACCAAACUUCUUGUUCUCGACUUUGAUGUAGAGGUAAAAUAGUGCACUCUGCGGUGCAAAACUAUCCUGCUCUAUGACUUCUGUACAUAUUCGAAUUAGGUAGCGUAAUCAAUCUACUGUACAAUGAUUCAUGUAUUACGUGGUGUGAUUGUGAUAGGAAUGUAUGUCGGAAACCUGAAAGGAGAUCGUAGAAAGUCAAACAAUGAAUCGAUAGUUGUAAAUCAGAUCUCCAAAAUGGUUUAGAACGUUUAAAUCGAAGGCAUUAAUUAUAUUAAUUAUGGAGUGUAUUAUUCGUGGUGUACAAAUGUGAGAUUUCAAAGACUCAACAAAUUAAGAAGAACGAGGAGCUUAACAGUGUAUUACUGUAUUAUUGCUGUUACAAAAUCUAAAAGAAGUCGCUGGUAAUUUUAAACGGUAACAGCCCAUCGUAAACACAUUAUAAUUAUACACAUAACGAUUUGUAUGGGCGUUUAGGAAAGUAUUUUUAAACUAUAAAAAACAAAAUUUCGUACUGUAUUUAUCGAACUUAUAGAUACAAAUGUUGCUUGAAGAAUCUCAAAUUUUAAAAAAGUAAACAAAAGAUUCGAGUGAAGAAAACGAAAGAACGAGAAAGAAAAUUGGAAUAAAUAAAUGGUAAAUUUAGAUAAAACAAAAAAACAAAAAAACGACCAGAGUACUAAGGAUAUUCUUUAUAUAAUAAGUUCUUCGACUCUGUUGUAUUACGUAUGACUUAUUUAAAUUCUUCAUUUAUGUUGAUUAAAUUAAUUAUUAUGGGAAUUGUGCAUAAUUUAUUGGAUAAUAUAAUCAAUAUUUAAUCAUUUCUUAAUGAAAUGAACAUUGUUUUCCACUAGAUUUAUUUCGUUUAAUUUGCGCCAACUUUGAUUUCAUCGUUUAAACUGUUCAUGCACAAAUGUUCAUGUAAAAUCAUACUAUUCUAUCUACCUAUUUGUCUUUUCGAUUUUUAAGAACACGUUUUUUAAACUCAUAGCGAUUUCUAGCAUUUUAAUGACGCUAAUGUUAUGUUACAUUAGAAACUAAAUCGUUUAUGUUGCUCGUUAAUCAGAAUGUUGGUGAACGUGUUACGUGAAAGGAACAGUUAUUCCCUUACUGCAGUCACUUUGAGUACAAAAGAAUAAAUACACUCAACAGAUUUUAUUAGUUUUUGUAAUAAGUAAAUUGUAAAAUAUGCAAAUACGCAUUUAUUAUAAUCUCGUUUAGCUAUUGAUAUAUAUAUA